GGUCCCGCGGCCCCGCGUGUGUCUUCUGCAGCGGGAUCUGCGACACGGCCCUGCGCGUGACCUCGUCCGCCAUUUUGGGUCCAAAAAGAAGUGGCGCCAGAUCACCCGAACGCUGCUCGAUUCCCAGAAGAAGAACAACCUCCCGGCCGGCAGGGGGCGCGAGUCCACCAGAAGAAGACGAAGCAACAACAGAAUCCGUCCGCCAUUUUCUCUCUCGGCUCCUCUCGUCUGUGUUUUCUGAGUAUUUCCCUUUUUGAAUCAAACAAAUAAGAAGUUUUAAAGGUUUUUUUCUCACUCAAGCUUUGCCCGCAAAUCGCGAGGCGGCGGGACGUCAUAACCGCUGUGAUGGCGGCUGAGCGGCGCGAGGACAAAGACGGAGAGUUGAACGUUCUGGAAGAUAUUCUGACUGAGGCUCCGGACCAGGACGACGAGCUGUACAACCCGGAGACGGAGCGGGCCGUCAGCGACAAGAAAGGGACAAAGAGGAAGAGUGAGCGCUCGGACAGCCAGGAUGUGAAGAGGCUCCGCCCCUCUACGGGCCACGCCCCCUCCAGGUCUUCAUCCACCAAUAAGAGAGCCCCGGGGCCACCUCUCUCCUCCUCGUCUUCCUCUAAGAAGGCGGCGUCCAGCCCCCGUGCGCGCCACGCCGCUGCAGCUGCGGCCGGCUACCGCACCGAGUACUACGAGGAGCGGAAGGGCCGGCGUGGAGCGAGAGAGGCCCCCAGGAGCCGCGGAGGAGAGGAGGCCCGACGAAGGGAGUCCCAGAGGGUCCUGCCGGGUCUGAGCCAGAAGUUGCGGAGGACGAGCCCCGCCCCCAUCGACGGGACCAACCAAUCGGAGGCAGAGGCGGCAGCAGAGUUUGUCUCGGAGCCGGGCUCUGGAAGCUCCUCCCCCAACGCCUCUCACGUGGAAGAGGAGGAAGAAGAGGAGGAUCAAGAGGAGGAGGAGGAUGAAGAGGAAGAAGAAGAGGAGGGCAUGGAGGAGGAGGAAGGAGAGAAGGAAGAUGACGAGGAGGAGGAAGAGUACGAGCGGCGAGGCGGCGAGGGAAACGACUACGACACUCGCAGCGAGGCCGGCGACUCGCGCUCCGCCUCCUCCGUCAGCUUCACCGACGACGGAGAGUCGGUGCACUCAGGCUCCGCCUCCGAGGCCUCAGGUUCAGAGAAGAAACAGGAGAAGCUGUCGUCGUCGGUCCGAGCAGUCCGCAAAGGAAUGGAGAAUCCGACCAACAGGCUGCGGUACAUCCUGCGAGACGCUCGCUUCUUCCUCAUCAAGAGCAACAACCACGAGAACGUCUCGCUGGCCAAAGCCAAGGGCGUUUGGUCGACGCUGCCGGUGAACGAGAAGAAGCUGAACGCCGCGUUCCGCUCGGCUCGGAGCGUCGUCCUCGUCUUCUCUGUGAGGGAGAGCGGAAAAUUCCAAGGUUUUGCCCGUCUGGCCUCAGAGUCUCAUCACGGAGGAUCUCCCAUCCACUGGGUCCUUCCUGCUGGCAUGAACGCCAAGAUGCUGGGUGGAGUGUUCAAGAUCGACUGGCUCUGCAGGAGAGAACUCCCCUUCACGAAGACGGCUCACCUCAUGAAUCCCUGGAACGAACACAAGCCGGUGAAGAUCGGCCGCGACGGACAGGAGAUCCAACCGGAAAUCGGCGGUCAGCUCAGUGUCUUGUUCCCAUUGGACGAGAGCGUGGACGUCCACCUGGUGGCUCGUCGCAUUCGUCACAAGCGCCGGACGCCGUCGGAGCCGCGGCCUCGAGGCCGCCCGCCGCAACGCGAGCCGGGAAGGCGUCGUCCUGAAGAGUUCGACCUCCACGGCAGGAAGCGGCCGCGAGCCGACGGGCCGCCCGACUUCCCCCAGAGAGCAGGGUUCAUCCAGGACCUCCGUAACCAGCCGGUGGACAGACGUUUCUCCAGCGUGAGACGAGACGUGUUUCUGAAUGGGUCCUAUAACGACUACAUGAGGGAUUACCACCACAGCGUCGGUCCUCCGGCUCCCUGGCAGACGCUGGCGACUUACCCCGGCGUGGAGCAGCCGCCCCCCCACCAUCCUCCCUACUACCACCACAGCCACCCCCCUCCUCCCCCUCACCAGGCGUACCAUCAUCACCACCAUCCCCCCUUGCCGCCUCAUGAGGCUCCGCCCCCUCGCUUCAGAGACAAGCAGCGGGCGCCGCAGCACCGCGCCUUCACCUCCAGCCCUUCUAACGACAUGCGCGUGGACGACUUCCUGCGGCGGACGCAGGCCGUGGUGAGCGGCCGGCGCGAGCGCGAGCGGCAGCGUGAGCGCGAGCGUGGAGGACCGCGCCGCGAGAGAGAGCGAGAGAGGGGGAGGGACAGAGAGAGAGAGGAGAGGGACAAGGAGAGGGGGCGGUACCGCAGGUGAUCUGAUGAUGUCAUAUCCUGUCAGCCUGCAGUGUCUUUUAUUUCAAUGUCAUUUUUUUCCCCUGUUUAGUUAUUUUUGAAAAUUAUGAAUAAACAAUUAGCUACGUGAUGACAUCAUCAGCUGCAUCAUAAUUUUUUACAAGAAUAAAAUAUUCAAACAAAAAACAGUAAAAUUAUAAAUCUGCUCAUUUUUGUAAGACCUUUAUUUUGGUGGUCUUGUGUAACAAAGGAAGUGACAUCACAGCACAGGAACAAGCGGGUGACAUGAAUUCCUGAUUUCACUUGAACGUCUCCGUUUCCCAGAAUCCUCUCUGUUGGAUGGACAGUUGUUUAUAUUUUCAUGUGUUUUUAUUAUUUGAGUUACCAGGUUCCCAACAUGAGGCUUGAGGCCCUUUGAGGAGUCACAAGAGGACAAACCAACACUUUUUUAUUCAAUUGUUUUUUUCUUUUAUUGUUAAAUUAAAUGUGAAAAAGAAAAAACAUUUAAAACCUUUGAAGAAGUUAUUUUAUGUAUUAAAAAAAAGAAUUGGUGUUUUCAUUUCUUUUUCUUUUUAGUGUAAAUGUGCUACAGUUCCUUUAUUUAUUUUCAGGUUCAUGUUGUAUUUGACUUCCUGAUCAGUGGCUGUACUCAAAUCAUCCGUAUGAAGUUAAUCACAUUAUUAUUAUUCUUUAAUUCUGUACUUUCAAACAAUUAAAGUAUUGUUUUUUUACUCAUGCUCGCCUCCUGGUGGCGACGUCGGCCGCUGUCUUUGUUCAUGAAUUAAAAAGUACAAAUUAC